AUGGAGAUUCAAGAGGGCAUCCAAGCUCUUGCACUGGCGAUGGAUUGGGUGGUGCUCACCUUGACUUUGGAUCUUCAGGCGCAAUGGCCAUGUCGGCGUCAGAGGUGGUGGGCGCUUCUUUUACCCAAAGAAUGGAACUCGUAUGGGUUGCAUCCUUGGCCAACCACCAGUCCAUACAAUGUUGUGGGUGACAUUUUCAAAUGCUGGGGUCACUGGACGGAUGAAGAGGAGACAGAAUUGCAGCUGUUUGAAUAUGAGUUCUUGGCCUAUUCCAAUCCUGAGUUUGGAAGUGACAAAAGGCUGUUGGACUUUUCUGAUGUGGCGAACACGUUUCUCCAUUCAUACGGAAACGCCCUCAUGUCGUGUCCUUGCAACUGCCGGCAGUCAGGGUUCAGUCGCCAAUCCCUGGAACGCAAAGGCCUACGUGGCUGCUUUGUCCAGUCUAGAGUCCAUCACAAUCCACGUUAUCUCCAUCCUCGAGAGCUUGGACUUUUGCUCGGUCUUCCCAACUCUGUGCAGUAUCCUUUUCGGCCACGUGAGCACCUGGCCUUACUGGGACUGGUGGCUUCGCCACUCCAAAUGGUCUGGAUUUACGCCCAUCUUCGGAACAAUGUAGCCCAGGCUCGAGAUCUUGCUCCUGCAUCAUCUCCUCUGGAAUGGCUGAGGGCAUAUCAACGUGAGCUGCUUCGUCAAACCCAAGACCUCUUUCAUCAGGCAGAGCAGCUUCCUCAGGUGCUUCAACUUCAUGACUCAGAUGGGUCAGCCUUGGCCAUUCAUUGUCCAGUUGCCUGCACCGUUGCCCAGUUGCUCGAUGCUCAGAGGAUUUGCCUGGGGUGGAACGAGGCUGGUGGCAUUUCCAUGGAUGGACAGCCACUGUCGUUGCGCAUGCUGCUCAAACAGAUGAGUCAACCCUAUAGAUUUGAUCUUCAAACUGGUGAUCAACAUCGUCCAAGACCCUCCUCAGUCUUUGCGGUGGGCAUCACUCAUCAAGGUGUCUUUGAGAUGGUCCUGUUGAAUGCUGGCCAAUUCCUGUUUGAAGCUUUGCGUGACAUGGACAUCCAGCUUGUCAACUUCUUGGUGGAUCGUGAUGGCAGAGUCUAUGGUGCUGACUUUCGAGCUGCUUUUUCGAAGUCGGAUGACAGGAUCAUCUGUGUCUUUCCGGCUCAAUCGCACUGGGCUCUUCUUUGGGGUCAGCAUCAUGUCGACUCCAUUCAAUGGCUUUACUGCGAUGGUCUUCCUGGAAGAGUCAACACUGCGGCAAUGAGAUUGGCAGCACGGAUCUCUGAAGAGCUCUCCCUGAACUGGUCCAUCGACCCAGGCCAUCUUUUCUUCCAACAAGAUGAUCACACUUGUGGCACAGUUGCUUUACUUCAUGUCGGUGCCCGUCUUGGACUUUUUGGACUUCCUUCUCGAGCCACGGUCUUGGACUUUCACUCCUGGCUUCUACGCCGACCUGCAUUGGGCCUGAACUUCACUGAUCCUUGGAUUUAUGGAUCAGGGCCUCUGACGGUGGAUGUUCAAGCUCAACUAGCUGCUCUGCUAGCCACCAAGGGAGUUCCAUCGGCCGUUGCCGCAGACAGAGCUGCUGCCGCCAUACAGAAGUUGAGUGCUCCGGCCAUCCAAGGAGCUUUGGCUCAUGGGAAUCCUUGGCAAGCUCUCAAAGCGUUGACUACGAAACCAGGCAACAACUUUCAGUACGUUCUCAAAUCUGAGCUCAUGGACUUCAUCGAUGCCAAAGCUGCGACCAAGCAUGGGGCCCAGAUCUCCACUCAGAAAAAGCGUGACAAGAAGCCGGGCAAAUCCAACACAUCACCGCCUUUGGCACCUGACCCAUCAACCUUGCAACUUGAUCCAGCUCAUUUCAUCGAUGAUGAGGGUGACCACGUGGAGCAAAUUCCUCUCAACCAAGUCACUGCUGACUCCAGAGGCCUUGCCAUUGCCACUCUCACGGAAGCCUUGCCUUACCUCAGGGAGAAGGAGAACAUCUCCACAGAUGCUUUGGGCCUCCUUAUCACUGAAGAGGUUCCCAGCAAUUUGAAGGCCCAGGCCAAUGUGAUCUCUAUUAGAUUUCCGGCGACAUACUUGCCAACACAGGAUCCAUUGCUGAUCAAUGGUUGUCUUCUCCAACUUGGCGAUCAUGAAAUUUCUCGUCAACAAGUUCAAGAUCCAGCCACCAGCAUGGAUCUGGCAGCAACGAAUGUGCUGAAGAUACAGCUUUUCAGAGACGAGCUGGGCACAAGCUGGGAGGAUGUGGCAAGCUUCCCCAUUCGGCAACUGUUCCGGUUGGUUCCUCUCUUCAAGCUUUGCACCUCGGUCACUUGCAAUCAUAGAUGUGGACAUUUUCAUGCAGCUGUUGAAGACAGCAUCGACCAAGUGGUGCUGGACCUAUGGGGUCGCAGGUUUCAAUCCUUGGAAGGUAAGUCAUUACCAGCCCAAUCAGCAGAACAAUUUUUGGUUUUUCUGCGGGUGGCUACUCCUGCCUUGGAAGAUCUGCUGAAAGUUUCUAUUGAAGGUGUCUACAUGGAGCCGCGCGCUUCUGGUGCACGUGCCACCGAUGAGGACUACUCAGUGAUUUGGCUACCUGGGGCAAACCGUGACACUGCUUGUCACCGACUCAAGCUCACCAGUCAUGGACUUUCACUGGUACGGCUGAAGCACAGAUUUGGAAUUCGUGUGCUUUCAACCUACGAAGAAGCAGCUUUCAGAGAGCUUCGUCCCAAUGAAGAGUUUAUGAAGGUAGCAGUCACUAAGAUCUACCGGCUUCAUCCUCUUCCCCAUGGACUUCAACGACUUCAAGUCUCCCAAUUGCUGCGUGAAUGGAAGUGGCAAGCCAAGCCGCUGCAGCCAGCCCGUGGAUCGGCGGAGGGCAGCUCCUGGGAAGUUGGUGCAGCCAUUGAGCCGCCUAACAACAUCAUGCCAGCCUUCCAGAGAGAUGUCUUGAUCUCUCUCAUCAAAGACCGUACGGAAGUGGAAAAGCUUCCAACGGUGGUGGGUCCCCAACGAGCUCAACGCCAUCUGAGAUCCCAGGCAUCCUCUUCCGCGAGUACGGCACCUCCAAUGACUGACCCAUGGGAAUCUCCUGGACAAGAUCCUUGGGGCAACUGGCAUGGCACGGGUCAUCCAACACCAGCUCCUGCCAAGCGCUAUGAGAAACUGGCUGACCAGUUGAAAACUGACCUUCAUGAAACUCUGCAGAAACAAUGGGCAGAAAAGCAUUCUCAGGACCAAUCAUCUCAGGAUGCCCAGCGUCUUUGUCGACUGGAAUCUGACAUUGUUGAGAUGAAGGCGCAUCAAUCUCAGUUCCACAAUUGGUUCCAGGAGACGGGCACUCGAUUGGCAAAGCAGGAUGAGCAGCUGACACAUCUACAUGCAGCAGUUCAACAAAACCAAACGGACCUUCAGACAGUGCGCACGGAAGUUCAUACUUCCGCUGACUCGUUGCACCAAGCAAUGCAACUCUCCUUGGGCAACAUCAAGGGUGACAUCACGGCAGAGGUCACCUCGGCAGUUACCUCCCAGAUGGAUCGACUGGAAGCACUGCUGAGCAAACGACUCUUUGGAUUUGGACUUUCACUUUCUCGCAUCCGCCUUCUCUAUUGGAUUUUCUUUGUCUUUUCGCAUCUUUGCACGGCUGCUGCCUGUGUUGUCUCUGACUUGGACUUUGCCAAACUGGGCCAUUCACACCUCGACCCUUUGGAUUUUGGGGGUGACCCUCUUCAGCCAGUGUUUCGCUGGGGAGAAGCUCUUCAUCCUGGUCCCUCAUCGGACUGCCAUCUUUUUGGAUUUUCCAACCCAUCAGGGCUUCGUCAGAAAGAAGCCACGGCUAUUGCACUGGGGGCAGGAGUCUGGUCAUUUUUAGAAUCCCAGCUGUCAUUGCAGACUCAGAAGACUUGCGCUGCUCUUCUUCGACAACAAGCCAGGAACCAGAAUCGACUCCUUCGAGUCCAUAUGGGCGCCCCAGUAGCGACCCGAACAACCUCUACAUGGGCUGGAACUUGGUCUGGAGUUGCAACAAUCUCAGACUUUCCGUCCCAGGAGUUGUCACUGCCCUACAUCAAUGAACGUGACUGCGGUCGGAUGCUCACCACAAGGCACAUGAUUGGCCAGACGGCCAUCACCAACAUGGUCAUAUAUGGAUUUCCCAAAGGUCCUACCUGGCCUAAUGCCUUGCGGCUCACAGAAGAGCUCCUCCAGAUCACAACCACCGAGAUCAUUUUGGGCGGGACUGGGCCUCGACUGAUUGGGGGCGACUUCAACACUGAUGCUUGGGGGAUUCCUCUUUUCAAUUACUGGCGUCAGCUUGGCUGGAUCUCAGCACAAGAGCUUGCUGAACGUCUUUGGGGUCAAGAGCCACAGUUCACGUGUAAACAUGCCACUGAACGUGACCUUGUUUGGCUUUCACCUGAAGCGGCGGCAUUAUGUCAGAUGGUUGAUGUGGCUGAUGUCUUUGCGGAACACUCCACUAUCACUGUGGGUUUGUGCAUCCCCACAUCAAAUCCCAGAAUGUUGUCAUGGCCCAAGCCCUCGGUGAUUCCUUGGACGGAAGUUGACGCCCAAUGGACUUCAACUGCGGUGCCUCCUGAUUGGACUUUACAUGCAGAUGUAAACCAACAAUGGGCCGAAUGGGCAACUUCUUUUGAGGAUAGUCUUCAAGGGCAUCUUCCAAAUGCUCCGGGCCAUGGGCUUCAGGGCCAUCAGAAGGGCAGGCUCCAGCAAACCCAGCCGAUACGGCGGAGAACUUCAGCACUAGUGCUCAAACCCAGCCGACCAAGUGAAGUUGUUCUUCGAAAUGACCUCAUUGGCAGUGAAGUCCGCCAUUGGUUUCGCCAACUACGACGGCUGCAAAGCUAUGUAGCGGCAGUGAGGGCUGGCAAACAGACUCCAGCCGCACUUGCCUAUCGACCGGAACUUUGGGCGGCUGUUUUACGUUCUCCUGGAUUCAAACAGGGCUUCUCUGUCUGGUGGCGCAAUCAUCGGGCUUAUGCCCUGCCUGAUGCACCAUCUUGCUUUCCACGUUCACCUCCUGGACUUGAAGUUGCUGAGGCUGUUUUUGCAGACUUUAAGCUCAACUUUGAGAAAUACGAAGCUUGGCACCUGCGACAAAGAGGCAAAUUACUGCUCACAAAAUACGAGAAGGGCAUGCAAGGCAUUUUCCAAGACCUGAAGCCACCAAACAGAGACAGAUUGGACUUGCUUCAUCAGAAGACCUCCUUUUCUGUUUUGGCUGUUGACAUUGAUAGUGGUCAACUUCACUUGGAUGCACCGGUGGUCUCCAAAGGGUUCUCCAAGUGGAUGGCUGGAGAUGUUACGUUUCAGCCUGACAUCAUCAAUGAUGUGGUGAUUCAAGUGCCUGAUGCUUCUUUGUUUGAACAAGGCGAUCUAGUGGAGCAAUUUUGCACUCUAGCAGACACCAACUCACUUCAUGCCGAGUUGCUGGAGUACUGGACCCCUACGUGGCAAGCGAUGUCAACUGUGGAUGCUCACACAUGGCAGCGUGUCACGAGCUUUUUUCAAGCUUAUGUGCCGAAGUUUCAGAUGGAUCUCGGACCCAUACUGCCUGAACAGUGGUAUCGAGCCUUGAAGCGAUACAAGCCUAGUGCCGCUCGAGGCGUUGAUGGGAUCUCCCAUCGAGAUCUUCUUUCACUGCCGCUGGCUUGGACCGAAAGACUGCUCGCCAUGCUUCAUGACAUUGAGCUUGGGCGCACCAAUUGGCCCACGGCAAUUUUGUAUGGGGUCGUCAAUGUCCUGGCGAAGAACGCAGGCGCUGCUACGGUUGACAGAUUUAGGCCGGUGGUCAUUUUCAGUGUGAUCUAUCGCACUUGGGCUCGGGUCCGUUCAAAACAGUUGCUUCGUUGGCUGACGCCGAAGAUGGAUGUGGAGGCGUUUGGCUUCAUGCCGGGGUGCGAACCAUCGCAGCUCUGGUUGGUUUUGCAGGCAGAGAUUGAACGGACACUUCAAGUCCACGGUGAUUUGUGCGGCCUCAGCACAGAUUUGACUCAAGCCUUUAAUUUUAUACCACGCCAGCAUUCUUUCUCUUUGGCGGAGCAUUUGGGAGUUCCAGCACGUAUCACUGUUCCAUGGCGAUUGUUCCUGGAUCAAUGUACACGAGCUUUCGAUGUCAGAGGGCACUUGAGCUCUUGCACGACCUCCUCUUGCGGUUUGCCAGAGGGAGACGCGAUGAGCGUCUUUGGAAUGGUUCAGUUGUCUUUUGCGUGGCACCUCUAUAUGAGGGCGUACAGCCCGUCAAUUAGAGCGCUGAGUUUCGUAGACAACCUGAGCCUUCUGGCUUCGGUACCAGGACUUCUUGCAACUGGGUUGGCAUGUGUCAUUGAGUUCUUUCGGCUAUGGAAUAUGGCUAUUGAUGUCAGCAAAUCCUACUGCUGGGCUUUGAGUUCUGGACAGCGUAAACAACUGGCCAUCCUUCCUUUUCAAAAGGUGGAAAGUGCAAUGGAGCUGGGAGGUGCGCUUUCGUUCACUCGAAAGCGAUUCACUGGACUCCAGCAGAAGAGGAUCAGCAAACUACAUGGCAAAUGGCAACGUUUGAAAACCAGUCGUGCGCCAAUGCGACAGAAGUUAGCUGCCGUGCCCAUGGUUUUCUGGUCAGCUGCAUUACAUGGCAUCACUGGAUCAUGCAUGGGUGAAAAUCACUUGGACAAGUUGCGGUCCCAAGCUUUGAAGGCCUUGCGACUUUCACAUGCGGGGGUCAACGGCCUUCUUCGUUUAACUUUGUCCUCGACUCCCACUGCAGACCCUAGCUGGUGGCGUUUGCAGCACACUGUUAGCUCUUUUGCUCGGCUGCUGCGCAAAGUUGAACCCCCUUAUUUGAUUGACCAUGACCAAUGUCAACUCAACUUGAUGACUGUGGAUGCUUCACUGCUGAUCACAACACUUUGGGAUGCUUGGCUCCAGCAUGUUGCUUGCCAAGUGGCUUCUCGGAAGACGAUGCGUGACUUGCAGGGGCUGGACCCGUCACCAUUUGUGGCUGCUUGGAAGUGGGCAUUGCUUCUCCUUUCAGAUACUACGAGUUGUUUUACCUCCCAACCAUCAAAUGGGGUUCAGCACAUCUUCACUGAUGGUACUGCCACUGCGGCUACCCAGCCGGCUAAGCUAGCGGCAUGGGGGUGCCUGAAUGCGACUACUGGAGAGGUAGUUGCGAUGGGACACGUGCCGGGGCUCAACCAAUCGAGCGACCGGGCAGAAUUGAUGGCGGCUUGGAGCGCCAUUCAAUGGCAGAUUCACUUCGAGGUCAGCAUGCACCUGUGGACUGAUUCAAGAUAUGUGGCCGAUGGUAUCUCUCAUAUUCUCCGGUCUGGGGAGAUAGGAGAUUGGUCCAACCAGGACAUUUGGGAGAAUAUCCAUCUGCUGCUGCAACAACUUGGACAGCUUGAACUUGAGCCACAUUGGGUUCCCAGUCAUUUGGACGAGACGAAGUUGCAGGAUCCAUUUGAAGACUGGGUUAGAUGCUGGAAUGAUAGAAUUGAUUUUGCCAUUGGGCAGUACAAUUUCUGCCGUCCAAGGGAGUUCCUCCGUCUUCGUGAUGACAUGAACUUUCACUUUGAGCAGAGCGCAGCACGCAUGCGGCAGCUGCAGGCGUUCUUUUUCAAAGUUGCGGCCAACGGGCCUGAAGUUCUAACUGAGCCAUCUGAGAGCCAUGACGUUUCACUGUUUGGUUUUGUUGAUGAGUUGCAGCCUUCUUUUGGCGAUUUGUACAAUCUUGAUGCCAGGGAUUUGAUUGGCAGCUCCGAUAGCCGGCCUGUGGACUUGCCGGCUGAUUUUAUUUUUGCUUUGGUUGACCACCUUGCCAGUCAUGUGGACGAGGCCUCUGGGGUCUAUCCACUGAGUUUUGAGGAGUUGACUAUUUGGUUGGCUUUGCUUGGAGAUUUCACCUGUUCCAGGGCCAUUCGUCGCACUGCCGACGUGGCCCGGCCAAUCCAGGUUCAGAUUGCUGGACAGUACGGCACUGCUGCUGCUGUGCCUGCUGAGACCGUGCGCUGCUUUCACGUGGCGGACCCGACGGCCGUUGAGGUCCCGCAUGGCGUCGAAGUUCGUCGUCUUUUUGCCUACACCGAGAAACGAACACCGAACCGAACACCGAACACCGAACCGCUGAAGACUCACCAAAAUCUGUAA